CAGCGCCCCUGUAAUGAAGGCGGAUGAGCAUGGGGACCGUAGUCUACGGCGUAUAGAUCGCUUCUGAGCACUAGCCUGUCCCGCUCCGCCCCCCUACCGAAGCUCUUCAUUUGAUCCAGCCAAGCCGAGAUGGCAGCGCUCCGUAAGUCAGACUGGUAGGGGGCAAUAUCCUCCCGAUCAAGGCACACAGUGGCCGGCCCGCCGCCGUCUUAUUUGCCUGUUAAGGAGGAGGCGGUGGUCAUUCAUUGUGAUUUUACUGCGGAAAUUGUAUGUGGACCUAAUCCCUGCACAAUGACAGUUGGGAGGUGCAGUCUAUGAGAAGGUCGUCUGUCUGUGUGUCAGUACAGAGAAGACAGUGAAACCCUCCCCAACGGCAAGAGACCUAAAAAAAUGAGGAGCCGCAGCAACUCCGGAGUGAGACUUGAUGGCUAUGCCAGGCUGGUACAACAAACCAUUCUCUGUCAUCAGAACCCUGUAACAGGCCUGCUGCCAGCAAGUCAGGAACAGAAAGAUGCUUGGGUCCGAGAUAAUGUCUACAGCAUCCUGGCAGUCUGGGGAUUGGGAAUGGCGUACCGAAAGAAUGCUGAUCAAGAUGAAGAUAAGGCCAAAGCCUAUGAACUGGAACAGAGCGUUGUCAAACUGAUGCAGGGACUAUUGCAGUGUAUGAUGAGGCAGGUGGAGAAAGUGGAAAAGUUUAAGCAUACACAGAGUACAAAAGACUGCCUUCAUGCAAAGUACUCCACAAGCACUUGCAGCACAGUGGUUGGAGAUGACCAAUGGGGGCACCUACAAGUGGAUGCUACAUCUCUCUACCUCCUUUUUCUGGCUCAGAUGACAGCUUCAGGCCUGCGCAUCAUUUCAAAUUUGGAUGAAGUAGAUUUUAUUCAGAACCUGAUAUUUUAUAUUGAAGCAGCUUACAAAGUUGCAGAUUAUGGAAUGUGGGAGCGUGGAGAUAAAACCAAUCAAGGAAUUGCAGAACUGAAUGGUAGCUCAGUUGGAAUGGCCAAGGCAGCCUUGGAGGCCAUUGAUGAACUUGACCUGUUUGGAGCACAUGGAGGUCCCAAGUCAGUGCUCCAUGUGUUACCUGAUGAAGUGGAGCAUUGUCAGUCAAUUCUUUGCUCCAUGCUGCCAAGAGCUUCCACCUCAAAGGAAAUUGACGCUGGACUAUUAUCUGUUAUUUCAUUUCCUGCCUUUGCUGUUGAAGACAUAGACCUUGUGAAUCUGACAAAAAAUGAGAUCAUUACUAAGCUACAGGGACGUUACGGUUGCUGCCGAUUUCUCAGAGAUGGUUACAAGACACCAAGGGAGGACCCUAGGAGACUGCACUAUGAUCCUGCUGAACUUAAACUCUUUGAAAAUAUUGAAUGUGAAUGGCCAGUUUUUUGGACCUACCUCAUUUUAGAUGGUCUUUUCAAUGGAGAUCAGGUUCAGGUACAAGAAUACAGGGAAGCUCUGGAUGGCAUUCUGAUAAGAGGAAAAAAUGGCAUCCGUCUUUUGCCUGAGCUGUAUACUGUCCCUCCAGACAAGGUAGAGGAAGAAUACAACAAUCCUCAUACAGUGGACCGAGUACAUGCUGGGAAACUGCCUCACAUGUGGGGGCAGUCACUGUACAUUUUGGGCUGCCUGUUAGCAGAGGGAUUUCUGGCCCCUGGAGAGAUUGAUCCUUUAAACAGAAGAUUUUCAACAUCAUUUAAGCGUGAUGUUGUAGUGCAAGUGUCUGUUCUAGCAGAAACAGAAAAUAUUAAGUCUCUUUUGCUGAACAAUGGUGUAAAUGCAGAAACAAUUGCUGAAGUCCAGCCUAUUCGUGUCCAGCCGGCACGUAUUCUGAGUCAUAUAUAUGCCAAAUUAGGUCAUAACAAGAAGCUUAAAUUGAGUGGACGGCCAUAUCGUCAUAUUGGUGUUCUUGGAACUUCUAAGCUGUAUGUUAUCAGGGACCACAUUUACACUUUUACACCUCAGUUUCUGGACCAGCAUCACUUCUACCUCGCCUUAGAUAAUCAUAUGAUUAUAGAGAUGUUACGGAAUGAGUUGGCAUACCUCUCUUCUUGCUGGAGGAUGACAGGACGUCCCACCUUAACAUUUUGCAUCACUCGCAGCAUGCUUAAUGAGGAUGGGAGUGAUAUUGACCCUGCAGUUCUGGCCACACUCAGAAAAUUGCAGGAUGGAUAUUUUGGAGGAGCAAGAGUCCAAACUGGAAAACUUACAGGUUUCCUCACAACCUCAUUUCUUACUCACCUGAGCUUCCUGGACACAGACUCUGAUAACCGGCUCCUUGAGGAUGAGGAAGACACAUUUAGUCUUGAUGAUGAUGAAUAUGAAGACAGAAACUAUUCAAGGGAGUAUGGUAAUACAGAACAUGUCAAGGAUGAACUGGAUCAGUAUAUCAACCACUUACUACAGAGUACAACUCCAAAAUCCAAUCUUCCUUCUGUCUGCAAAAUUCCAGGACAGCAACAUCUGUUCAGUUCAGAGCACACCACACGGGAUGUCUUCUCCUUGGUGGCCAAAGCCAAGGGCCUUGAUGUUCCCAAAAUCUCAAUGUAUUUGCCAACGAUAAAUGUUUUGAAUAAGCACCGUAAGUCUCUCAACUUGUUGGAGGCUCCCCAUCCACAUCAUGCUAAGCAGGACCAUGGAUGUAAUUUGAAUUUACCAAUGGAUGCUCAUGGAAAUGUGGACUGCGAGUACUUGGUGCAACAGUUAAAGGAAUGCCCAACAUUACAAGACCAAGCAGAUAUACUGUAUAUUUUAUAUGUCAUCAAGGGCCCAGAGUGGGACACAAACCUUUCAAGCCAGCAUACAGUAACAGUUCACAGUCUACUUUGUGAGCUAUACAGUAAGGCAGGAGUCAGCAAAGAGUGGGGACUGAUCCGCUACAUCUCUGGCUUGCUUCGGAAAAAAGUUGAGGUUCUGGCUGAGGCAUGUACGGACCUUAUCUCUCAUCAGAAGCAGCUGACUGUUGGUCUUCCUCCAGAGCCUCGUGAGAAAGUUAUUACUGCACCACUGCCACCAGAUGAGCUGAACAAACUGAUUUAUGAAGCCAGUGGGCAGGACAUAAGCAUAGCAGUUCUUACCCAGGAGAUUCUUGUGUAUUUGGCAAUGUAUGUAAGGUCUCAACCAAGCUUAUUUGGAGAUAUGUUAAGGAUGAGGAUUGGACUCAUCAUCCAGGUGAUGGCAACAGAACUGGCUCGAAGUCUGCGCUGUUCAGGAGAAGAAGCCUCAGAAAGUCUAAUGAACCUAAGUCCCUCAGACAUGAAGGACCUCCUCCAUCACAUUCUAAGCGGAAAAGAGUUUGGUGUCGAGAAGAGUGUUCGACCUUUUGAGUCUACUGCUACCAGUUUUGCUAUUUCCAUUCAUGAGGUAGGCCAUACUGGAGCCACCAAAACUGAAAGAACAGGCAUCAGCAGACUGAAAACUGAAAUGAAGCAGCUGGAUGAUCAGACAUCACAAAGUUUUUAUUUCACUGGUCAUUCCACUGGCAGCAGUGUCAUCUCUCCCCGCUCAACGAGGUGCAGCAGCCCCUCUUCCCCCAGUGGUGGCUUGUCCCCUACAGGUUCUGUGGGCAUACACAUUAAUUGGGAUGAUAGACAAGGCCAGUGGUUACGCAGGAGGCGUCUUGAUGGAGCAAUCAACAGAGUUCCCAUGGGAUUCUACCAGAAAGUGUGGAAGAUUUUGCAGAAGUGUCAUGGCUUGUCUAUAGAUGGCUAUGUCCUCCCUUCAUCAACAACUCGAGAGAUGACGGCUUGUGAGAUCAAAUUUGCUGUUCAUGUGGAAUCUGUAUUAAACCAUGUCCCGCAGCCAGAGUACCGCCAGCUUCUUGUGGAAGCUAUUCUUGUCCUUACACUAUUGGCAGACAUGGAUCUUCACAGCAUUGGAGGCAUAAUCCAUGUGGACCGCAUUGUCCACCUUGCCAAUGACCUGUUUUACAAUGAUCAGAAAGCACAUGGUGCCAAUGAAUUCUUUCUGGAGAAGGAUCCAUCCACAGGCAUUUGCAACUAUUUCUAUGACAGUGCUCCCAGUGGCAGCUAUGGCACCAUGACAUAUCUUUCCAAGGCUGUAGCCACCUACAUCCAGGAUUUUCUUCCAAAUGCAAGUUGUCUUAUGCAAUAGGAUGUUUUAGGUACUUUUUUCUUAAAAUAGAAGUUUGUCUUUGAGUGAGAUGUAAAGUUCACUCCAGUGCAUGCAAGCUGUACAAAAUACAAGCGGAAAACGUUGGAGUUUAAAUGCUAUUUUAAUUAGCUGCCACAGCAGACUAAAUACUGUACCUUAAGGAAACUUAUUUAUAAAAUAUUUAAUUUAUUUUAUGUUGAUAAACAAAAUAAGCUUUAUUUUUCAGGGCCUCAUGAGGAUAGCACCACAUUCCCUUUAUAAAAGGUUUUAUUGCUAAAUGGUUGCUUAUGUGCCCAUAGUUAUAGAAAUUUUUUUACCUCAUUUGGAGAGUGUUUUUGUGACCGUGUAGCAGAGUGAAAAUCUUAUAUGUUCUUUUUCAUUUCCUGACAGCCAGUAGAAUGUUGCCAGUUUUUUGACGCACCUGUUUUUAUUUCAUAAAAUCUAACAGAUUUUUAACAGUAAUGAUCUUGAACAUAUAUUAGUGCAGCAGUAAUUUUAGUAUUUAAAAUUGCCUACUAAGUUACUCCCUGAAAGAGAAUAGCAAUUGCAGGCAAUACCAUCCUACUCUUAUCUUCUCCCAGAGCAAUAGUUCACUCAUGAAUUCAUUUCCUUAAUCUGCUUUCAAGAGGUGUUGCAAAGGUCCUAGGCCUUUCAUGACAGCAGUAACAUUUAAGGCAUAAACCUUUUCCCCAGUGAAAGCUCAUUUAUUGGUAACUCUAACACAGCAUUCUAGCAUUUUCCACAUAGUCACUUUCAAGGCAAUAUACUUUCCAUUUGUCAAAGCAUGCAGCAAAAUCACCUUGAGUUAAGCUUUCAACUCAUUCAUUCACCACAUCAAUGAAUUCAUCACGUGUCUCAAAAAAUUUUCCACACAAGUGUUGUUUCAUUUUUGGGAACAAGCAGAAAUCACAAGGCACUAAAUUGGAGGAAUAAGGAGGGGCUUCACCCAGCUGAAUACCAGGUUUCACCAAAGUUUCAAUGAUCAGCUUUGUAGUGUGUUACCGCACAUUGUCAUGGUGGAAAAAUUACUGGUUCAGUGUUAGACAAGGCUGACCUCCACUCCUCUCAGUCCUCCCCCUUGUAAAACUUGCUAUGACUUCCUCUGGGUAAAAAAUCAGUAAAGAAUAAAUUUGAUCUCCAUAUUGUACUGCAGGGUCACUGAGGUUGGUUGGAGGGUCUGCAGCACAUCUCAACCAAAUUAAGUAAAAGUAGGAGCCCACUUUGCAGGGCGGGCCUGUCAAUUGCAGGAUACAGUCACACUACUUCCUACAUAACCAGUUUAGAUUCUCUAAUUGGACUACAAUUUACACCUUUGGGGUGGGCCAUCAAAUUGGAAUAUCCAAAGAAAAAAACACACAGGUACAGGAAAACCAUGCAAACACAUUAAAGUAAAUUAAAAUAUUAGGUGACACAAUUACUAGCACCACAGUUUCACAGCUUCAAAGAUUUCAGUUUGAUUAACAGCCCAGUCAAUGUGUGGAUGUUGCAAGUUUUCCUUGUCUCUGUGUGUUUUCCUAAAUUUACAUAACGUUUCACCCAGAUACUAAACUUGUAAAGGAAAAUGGAUGGAAAUAAAACUUUUCCAAAUUUCACAGAACUGAUAUUCAUUUGCCAAUCAUUAUUCAAUAAAUCAAAACAAAAGUGUUUGGAGGAGGGUAGACAAAUGGAAAGUGCCUGGUGAACAAUAUACAGUAAAGUGACAUGAUUAUAUAAUACAAUGGCCAAUUGUGCCAUUAUCCCUCCUGAACAUAUUAGAUCUCUCUAUUAAAACAGCAGACACCUUAGCAGUGAACAGGACAGAGUGAAGGUUUGACCAUAUUCUUUGAUCAGUUUCUGUUGAGAAUAAAAUCUAAAAUGUAUAAAUGAAUAGAAGUAUUGAGAAGCCACAUGUUGUCCUAUUGUGAGGAUCAUUGUCUUCCAGUGGAAAAGCAGUAGUCGCGAAUCAUUUCAGAAAUAGGUUACAGUGUUUCUCUAUGUAUGUACUUUGAAACAAGUAGCUGCUUACUGUAAGGAUCUUCUUGUACUGUAUAACAUUAAAGAUUCAAGAGAAAAUUGCUAUAAUAUAAAUAGAUUUUAUAUUGCUGUCAACUAGAGACUACUUGAUUCAUGUUCAUAAAUGUGCAAACUCUUCUCUUUUUAAUAAAGAUAAUCUACAACACCUCAA